UGCUCCCUUACGAACUCUCUCCGCCCUCUCAUUUCUCCUCGUCUGUCAUCUCCUCUCGCACACGAUCAGCAGGAGCUCGAACAAAUUCCUCAAGGUCUUGUCCCGAACCCAGUUCUUCGCAUCCGGUGCCUCUCCAUCCUGCAAGGACCUCCAAAAGCCACAGCCUUAAGCUCGAGCUUGCUAGUGCGGUGCUGCUAUUCUCGGUGCGCCGUUUGGUGAGGAAGUUUAUAUUCUUGGUUGCUCGAAUCGGGUGCGCACGAAUCGCUGAAGAUCGCGCCUUUUGUGGAUUGCUUCCGCGAGAGCUCGGCACGGCGUCGAGUUCUUGGAACCGGCUUCGGCUCCCUGUGGGCUACGUGCGCGCGCGAAUCCAAUAAAGGCGCGCUCUUUUGCUCGGUAGCUAGUCGCGACUGGUGGCGGCGGGAGCAUGGGCGCGGGCGCGUCGGACCUGGCGGGGAUGGAGCCCGGCGGCAAGGUCCCGCGCGCCGGGCUGGGCGACCUGCCGGAGCUGUGCGCCGCGGAGGUGCUGCUCUACCUCGACGCGCCGGACAUAUGCCGGCUCGCGCGGCUGAACCGUGCGUUCCGCGGCGCGGCGGCGGCGGACUUCGUGUGGGAUGCGAAGCUGCCGGAGAACUACGGCCAUCUCCUGCGUUUCGUCGAUGAAGCGAAGGAGGUGGGAAGUAGGAGCGAGAUGGGGAAGAAGGACAUCUUUGCAAGGCUCGUCAAGCCUGUGCCGUUCGACGGUGGCAGAAGGGAAUUCUGGUUGGAGAAGAGCAACGGUGAGAUCUGCAUGGCGUUGUCGUCGAAAGCCCUGGUGAUAACAGGAAUCGAUGAUAGAAGAUACUGGGUCAACAUGCCAACCAGUGAAUCUAGGUUCCAGUCAUUUGCAUAUCUCCAGCAAAUCUGGUGGUUUGAGGUAGUCGGAGAAGUGGAUUUCAGCUUCCCUGCAGGGACCUACAGCCUGUACUUCAGGCUUCAUCUUGGCAAGUCUUCAACACGUUAUGGCCGGCGUAUUUGCAGCUCAGAGCAAAUCCAUGGCUGGGACAAGAAGCCUGUACGGUUUCAGUUAUCUACAUCAGAUGGUCAGCACGCCGUGUCCCAGUGCUACUUAGAUGAGCCUGGAAGCUGGAUCUUGUACCACGUUGGUGAUUUCGUUGCAUCAAGCUCUGAGCAGGCAAUCAAACUGAAGUUCUCGCUAGCCCAAAUCGACUGCACUCAUACAAAAGGUGGUCUGUGCGUCGAUUCAGUUCUGAUUUAUCCAAAAGGCUUUGAGCCAGAAAGGGUGAUCAGGGCUCAGAAAUGAGUUUGUCACUUGAUAGAGUCACUAUACAUUAGAGUUGUAGAGAAGUAUGAGCAGCCUGCCAUUUUUAACUCGGGCUAGUUGUAUACUAUGAGAGCAUGUGUAUAUGGUAGAAUGGUGUUCUUUUGUACGACGCCAAUAACUGUGUGUAUUGAGCUUUGGAGCUCAGGUACAUCCACAUUGGUUAUGGUUCUCUAACUUCUUUUCAGAAUGUAGUCUGCACCAAGUCGUAGCUCUUGACUGUUACUAUUCACUUUUCGUGCUUUUCUUUUCUU